AGAGAGAGAGACGCCGACGCCCGGCGCCGACGUACUUUUUAAAGCGACGAGAACCGCGUUCAGAGUAAUCUCACCAAUCCCAGUGGCCAUAAGGCAUUACAACGUACCUUAAAAAAAAUACCGAAUAAUUCUGUUAGAUGAACUCCCUUAAAUUGUGCUCAACACGGACGAGUGCACGUCUAGACUCAAAUAAAUCUAAAAAAUCUUCCUUCAAAAUUAUUCAUUAAUCAUUCACGUUGGGUCGUAACAUCAAUAAGUCUCGCAUUUAUUCUGUGUUUAUCUCUUUCGAGGAAGGAAGAGGAACUGAGAAGUAAAGAUAACAUGGAAAUGCGUGAAAUCAAUGGGGUCGAUGACACAAGCGGUGGUAAAUCGCGUGCGAUCGACGCUACGAUUGAUUGAAGAAUCGAUUUUAUUGAUCAUUUCGUCGCCAUGAAAAUCCAGUGAUUUUUAUUUUCUCACCAAUUUUCGGCGUCUUUGGGGAUAAAGAUUGAUGAGAUGGACACAAAUAGAAAGAAUGAUGAUGAAUUGUGUAGAGUCUGUGCGAGUGCAGUGGGGAAGGAAGAGAGCAUGCAGAUUUUUGAAGAGGAGGGGAGGAGAAAUUACUUACAGACGAAAAUGAGGAAAUAUUUGUAUGUAUUGGUGUCCAGGGAGGACAGGCUACCGAAGAUUGUGUGCGGAACUUGCGUUAGACGACUCGAUGGAAUCCAUCGGUUCGCCACCAUGGCACACAGGGCACAGGAGAGACUCAAAUCGCAAUUUUACGGAACUUCCGGUGAUGAUGACGUCAAACGGGACGAUCAGAAUUUCUUUGAGGAGAGUGAGAAGAGUUACAGGGGACUUUUGAGAACAAUAUUGAUGAACAAAGACGGAGCAGAUAUUACAGAAUCCCCAAACUCACCAGACUCUUCAGUCGUCCCUUUGCGUUUACCGGACACUGAGGGGACUCCCUCAACCACUGAAGAAAUGGAAGUCAAGGUUGACCCCAUGAUAUUUCUUCAGUGUGGUCUGGAGUGCUCAGCAUCACCAGAUGUUUCUGAUGAAGACUCGGAUUACGAUAAGAAACCACUCCACAUAAAAGAUUCGUGUGAAGAUGCAGAAAUACGUCAUAGAAUAAACGGGGGCAAUUCAGUAAGAUCUCAAGAGGACCAAGAACCAUCGAACGACUCGAACCAGAAGACUUACGACUGCACAAUCUGCUCUAGAACAUUUUCCUCUCAACUUAUCCUUCAAAAUCAUCUUUGGUCGCAUAUACCAAGGGCUAAUCGUGAUUACCAAUAUGAUAAAUCACUCCAAGAGAGUAUUACGAAGGACAUUCACUCUAACAACGGUGUUCUAGUCCCCAAUAAUGAUUCUGAUAAUUCCAGUGGAUUUGGGGGCAAUUCUAGUUUCGUCUGUCCAAUUUGUAAUAAAAGGAUAUCAACGAAAGGGAAUCUGAAGGUGCACUUGGAAACACAUAGGCCUAAAGGAAAAUAUGGAUGUGAUAUUUGUGGGAGAAUAUUCAAAACUCAAUCGAAUUUAUUCCGUCACAAAGAAUACCACGGCGGAAUUCAGUUCCCCUGCAGUGUCUGCGGCCGGGUUUACCCGACAAAUUCAACUCUACGUGCCCACAGCAUUACCCACUCGGAUCUCAGACCCCAUGCCUGUCCCCUCUGUGAUAAAACCUUCAAACGUAAUCAAGACUUGAAGUUCCAUAUUAAUCAACACACAGGAGCUCGACCAUAUCAAUGCCCCUACUGUCCAAAGGCAUUCGCCAGCUCCGGGAAUUGCUUUUCGCAUCGAAAAAGAAUGCAUCCACGUGAAGUUCAUCGUGAUAGACAACGAGCAGCAGAUCUAAUGAGAUGAAUGCCAAUAAAAAACAACUAGAGAAUGAUGAAGAAGUAGUUUUCAUGGCUUUCACAAGUCCAAAGGUGAUAUCGAAGUAUUUUUAGGUCAUAAAAUAGUUGAAAUAUGAAUUUAAGCGAAGAACGUAUAUUUUUAGAAAACUAGAAUACCUAAGGAUUAAUCCAGGCAGAGAAAUCGAUGGAUGUGUAAUGCAAUUGAAACCUUUUCUUUAUCCCUGUGACAAUAAUAGCCACAAUGAAUCAUAUCAGGCAAUUUUUCUUUGCAUUCUGAGUUCAGAUAAAAACUUUGACUCCUCCGAUUACUGUUUAAAGUAGAAUUUUACAUGAGUAAUGAAAUAAGCCAAAUUGGAUGAACAAUGUUUACUAAUUACAUAAUCAUGCGGAAUAUGAGCUCCGAAUAUCGAGGAUAAUUUAGCAAUCAAAUCUUACAGCAAGGUUUCACGAACGAUUUUGGAAGAUUUCAAAUUGAUUAUUUUGCGAAUAUCUCAAGAACUAAUUAUCGUAGAGAAAAAGACGGGAUACCUCUUUUCAUAGUACACGGAGAUAAAAACAGGAGAGUUCUCAAACAAGUCUUACUUGUGCCAAAUAAAUCGUUUGUUAAAAACGAUAAAAAGAGUUCUUUGUGGCAAACAUGCGAGGCGUGCACCGAGAUUGAAAAUUUCUGUAGCAAAAAUAGAUUUAGUCUUUUCAAAAAAAGUUUAGUGCUACUUUCUCGUUAUUUCUAGAACUACUUUCUCGUUCUUCAAUACGUUAUUCAUACGUAUUUUGCUCCUGGCAAAUACUCAUUUUAUAUGCCUAGGGGGCUACGCCUCUUGCUAUAUAGGACACCCUGACCCUUAUUCUGACCCUUAUUAGAACCCUCGUGAGCCUUAUUUUGACCCUUGUGACCUCUAGUUUUUGAACUCUUGGUUUUUGACGUGGAUACGUCUAUGGUUUCAAUAUCGGGGGUCAUUUUGAGAAACGAUUCUUAUGUGCAGCACCAUCUAUCGUAAUUCUAGAAAAUUCUAAACAUUUCGAGAUAAUUUGAGCAGUUUCUUGAAAUUUCGAAAAUAUUCAAGGAGUUUCGAGAAAUUUCGAGGAAGUUCAGGGAGUUUCUAGAAAAUUCGAGAAAAUUCAAAGAAAGAACAUUACUACAAACAAGAAAGAACAUUAGUAUUUCUGGACUUUCUAGGAAAUUCGAGAAAGACACGCACAAAAAAAUUCAAUAGAAAAAGU